AUGUUGCAAGAUCCAAUGACGCUUUCCAGUUUGCUGAGGAAUGAUGACGCUAUAAGAUUUAUGCAACCGAUAAGAGGAACACCUGCUUACUGGGCAACUGCUCAAAAAGACCUCUUUGCUAUGCUACGACAAUUAGGAAUCCCAACGUGGUUUUGUUCGUUUUCUGUAGCAGAGUAUAGAUGGAAUGAUGCUGUUAGAAUCAUAUUACAACAACAAAGCAUUGACAGAAACCCAGAUCAAAUGGAAUGGUCAGAAAAGAAUGAUGUUUUAAGGUCCAAUCCAGUUACAGUAGCUAGAAUGUUUGAACAUAGAUUUCAAAUAUUUCACAGGGAAGUCAUACUUUCACCAGCUGAACCAAUAGGAAAGGUAGUAGACUUUUUUCAAAGAGUUGAGUUUCAGCAGAGGGGAUCUCCCCACAUGCACUGUUUAUAUUGGGUUGAAAAUGCACCAAAUAUUGAUUCUGAUGGGGAGGAAGCUGUAUGUAACUUCAUUGACAGAUAUGUGGCAUGUGCUGUACCAUCAGAAAGUGAUGACCCAGAAUUGAGAAAAAGUGUUUUAGAAGUACAACAACAUAGUAAAAAGCAUUCAAAAUCUUGCAAAAAGAAGGGUACAGAAUGUAGGUUUAAUUUCCCGAGGCCUCCAUCGCAAAAAACAUUCAUAACAAGUAUACAGGAGGAAGAAAAGUCGGAUGAGUGUAAAAUAGAAGCAAAGGUAAAUAAGGAGUAUGCCAAGGAAAUAUUAGUUAGUGUUUGGGAUAAAGUACAGAAUGAUGAAGGAAACAUAACGGCAGAGAAGAUAUUUGAUGAACUUUCAAUAACUCAGGAAUUGUAUGAAGAAGCCCAUAACAUGUUAUCAUCUAAAAGGUCUGUUAUUCUCAAACGUUGCCCAAAUGAAGUGUGGACAAACCAAUAUAACCCAUGUCUUUUAAAAUCCUGGGAUGCUAAUAUGGACGUACAGUUUGUACUGGAUCCAUUCAGUUGCAUUGUUUACAUUGUUUCCUAUAUAUCAAAGUCAGAAAGGGAAAUGGGUAUGUUACUCAAACAAACAAAAUUGGAGGCUGAAGAAGGAAACUUUGAUGCCAGACAGACAAUGAAAAAAAUUGGUUCAGCUUACUUGCAUCACAGAGAAGUAAGUGCGCAGGAAGCUGUGUACAGAGUGUGUAACUUGAAGAUGAAGGAGUGUUCUAGGAAAGUUGUUUUUGUACCUGUAGGCGAUAACCCAGUGCGCUUAAGUAAGCCUUUGUCCUUGCUGAAGAAAAAAUAUUCAAAGGAUGUAGAGAUAAAUGAUGAGGAAGAUGAUGAGAAUGAAGUUUGGAUGACAAAUAUCAUUGAACGUUACAUGAACAGGCCAGAUAAGCAAAUGUUUCAUGAAAUGUGCCUUGCAGAUUUUUGUUCUGAAUUCAGAGUGCUGGCUAAAUCUCAAGUUCCUAAGAAGGAAAAUGAAAAUGUGUUUGAAUUACAGAAUGGGAAGGGUUACGUGCAACGAAGAACGAGAACACAACAUGCUAUUGUGAGGUAUCCAAGGUUCAGCGUUGAAAAAAUGUCAGAAAAAUAUUAUCAAUCUCUUUUGCAACUUUUUCUUCCUUACUGGACAGAGGCACAGUUAAAACCACCUGGGUUUGAUUUGUAUAAGGAUUUUUAUGAAACUGGUUACGUAAAGAUUUCUGGCAGAAAACGAAAGCAGUCUGUGAAGUCAAUUGUGGAUUUGAAUCAUUCGCGGUAUUCAAAAAAUGAAGAUGCGAUUGAUAAUGCCCAAGAAGCAUAUGAAAUGAAUGGUGAACAAGAAGAUGCAUGGUCACGCAUAUGUCCAGAAACAGAGGUUCUCAGAAGAGAAGGCCUAGCACACAGAAAAGACAACACAGUACCACAGGAAGGUAGUAUGAAUAUUAUACCGGAUAUUGAGAGUGGGACACAUAAUGCAGAUGUCCUGUAUCAUGUAGAACAAAACAUGAAUUCUAGAGAGGCAAUGAUACCAAUUCUUCAAAAUCUGAAUGAAACACAGAGGGAAAUAUUUUACAUGGUGCGCGAUUGGUGUCUAGGAAAGAUUGUAGGGGAGAAAUAUAAACCCUUAUAUUUAUUUGUAACUGGAGGUGCAGGUACUGGUAAAAGUCAUCUCAUCAAAGCUAUUCAUUACGAAGCAUCACGUUUGCUUUCACGAAUAAUGUCUGAUCCAGAGAGGAUAUCAGUGCUUCUCGCAGCAUUCACAGGAACAGCAGCUUUCAAUAUUGGCGGAAAUACACUUCACCACUUGUUUUCAUUAAAAAAAUAUCUUCCAUUGCCAUAUGAACCACUUGGAGAACAGAGUCUCAGUGAAUUAAGAGUGAAGAUAGGAGAUCUUCAGAUUCUUAUCAUUGAUGAAAUAUCAAUGGUGUACAAAAGACUUUUGUACUACAUACACGAAAGGCUGGUACAGAUUAAGAAAUGCAGAGAACCAUUUGGAGGAGUUUGUGUUAUUGCUGUUGGGGACUUUUAUCAGCUUCCUCCAGUUAAGCAGCGAAAAGAUGAAAGGCUUUACAAAGAAAAUAUGACAUAUCCUGUGGACUACUGGCUUGACCUAUUUAAGGUCAUUGAGUUGAAAGGGAUAAUGAGACAAAGAGAUGAUUUGUCUUUUGCUGAGGUACUUAAUUCUCUUCGUGUAAGAGAAAGAGAUGAGCAAUUGACACAGCAGCAAAGUAACUUGUUACAAGAAUGUAUCAGGGAAGGACCAGAAGAUGUUCUUCAUGUGUUUUCUACCAAUGAGGAGGUAAACGCAUUCAACCUGACAAUGUUAAAGAGAUCUUGUGAUGAUUUAUUAGAAAUUAAUGCACAAGAUUAUAGGAAGGACAAAACAUCUGGUAAACUGAUGCUAAAAAGUAAACCUGUGACAACAUCAAGAAGUGAUGGACUUCAAAGUACUCUGAUCUUGUCCAUCAAAGCAAGAGUGAUGCUCACAAGAAAUUGUAAUGUAGAAGAUGGCCUUGUGAAUGGAGUAAUGGGAUAUAUCUGUCAGUUCAUAUUUGAAGAAAACAGUGAUAGAAUUGUAAGAGCUGUGGGAAUAGAUUUUGAUAAUAAGGAAGUUGGAAAGAAGUCCGGGCAAAAAACAAAGGAUGGGAAAUUGGUGUUCAUAGAAAGAGUGCAAGAAGAGAUAAAGGACAAAGUUAGUACAGUGGUACGCCACCAAUUUCCAAUUAGGUUAUCUUGGGCAUGCACAGCACAUAAGGUGCAAGGGAUGACAACAGACAAAGUUGUAGUGAAUUUAGAUAGAGCAUUUGCCCCAGGUCAGGCAUAUGUUGCACUAUCAAGGGUUACAUCAAAGGCCGGCCUAUUUAUUGAUACUGAAGAUCCAGCUCGAUUGCAGAAAAAUAUUUAUGCUGAUUCAGAAGUAAAGACAUCUCUAAAUGAAAUGGCGAAAGUUACUAUUGGUGACAUUUCACGAACUCUAAAUUCCAGUGGAAAGAAAAUAGUUUUGCAUAAUAUACAGAGCUUAGGUAGCCAUUUUGGAGAUCUACAAAAUGAUGUGAGGUUCAAUCAGGUUGAUGUUAUUUGCUUAACAGAGACAUGGUUAAGAUCUGGAGAAAACACAAAGAAUUAUGCUCUUCAAGGGUUUCAGUUUCAUCAUCUUCCUAGAAUGGAAGCAUAUGAGGAAAGCACUGUCUCAAAUCAGAGUUUACACAUGUCAAGGGGUGGAGGCGUUGCUCUGUAUUUGAAAGAUGGUGAAAAUUGUUAUGAUAUUCGUUCACUGUCCCAGAUGAAUAUUGAAGGAAUAGCUGUGAAGUUGAUAAAGGAGAAUAUUUUGUUGUUGUCUGUGUAUCGACCAUGCAUGGUAAAUAUGGCAACAUUCCUUAACAGUCUUCAGAAAGUUCUUAACUUCUUAAAAACAAGUGAUCAAAACAGUAUCAUUUUGGGGGAUUUUAAUGAGGAUGCCAAAGCCAAUGGGCCACUUCAAAGAUUUUUGAAAGAUCAAAACUUCAGACAACUUGUAUCCUUUAGCACCACUGAAGGGGGAACAACUUUGGAUCAUGUAUAUGUAUCCAGUUCUAUACAGAUUGAUAGUGUCCACCGAUUACCCACAUAUUAUAGUUACCAUGAUGCUGUCCUUCUGAAAUUGAUAGAUAAAUGA